UCACACUGUCGGGGACCUCAUCCGCUGUUUGACCACAAUGGCAACCAACAACCAAUCUAGUGCUUCUACCGAUGUUGAAGAAUUCGUCCGGUCAAUCAGAGGCAUUGACCGAUCGUCUUUCGCUUAUGACGGCGACCGUGUCAAGGCGUUGAAGGAGGCCUACGCUCUUAUCAGUCGUCUCGAGACCUCGUGGGAUACCGUGGUGCGCCUUUGUAUGACCGAGCCUGCCCUCAACGCAGCCCUCACAGUCAGCCAGGACCUGAACCUCUUCCAAAAGUGGCUGGAAGUAGGGGAAGAUGCCGAGCAGUCCGCCGAACAGCUUGCAGAACUGACAGGCUCGGAUCCUGCGCUCCUCGCUCGCAUCCUCCGCCAUCUAGCCUCCACCCACAUAAUCAUCGAAGUUUCCCCAGACCACUACAAGCAAUCCGCAUUCAGUAAAUCCUUACUUGAACCCGUCUUCGGGGCCUGGAUCCCAUACCUAAACGACAUGCUGAACCCUUGCUUCGCCAAAAUGCCCGCCUACCUCGCCCAGACCAACUAUCGCAACCCCAGCGACCCCAACGACGGCAUCUUCCAGUACACCAAAGAAUUCAAGGGCUCGCUUUUUGAAUACUACGACCAACACCCCGCCGAGAGCGCCGUCUUCAACAACGUCAUGGGUUCUGUCAUGGCCAAGCAGGCCGGCAUGCUCGACAUCUUCCCGUACGAGAGGCUGGCAGACUCGAAGGAAGCCGACUGCGCCGACCCCGCGCUCUUGGUGGACGUCGGUGGCAACGUGGGCCACGACAUGAACAAGUUCCUGGCGAAGCAGCCCGGUCUCGGCAAGCGAUUGGUGUUGCAGGAUCGCCCGGACGUGGUGAAACAGGCGAUUUGUCCCACAGAAGUGCGGGCGAUGGCGCAUGAUUUCUUUACGGAGCAGCCAAUUAAGGGCGCGCGCGCUUACUACCUGCACGGAGUUCUCCACGACUGGCCCGAUGAGGCGGCUCGCCAGAUUCUGGGGCAUUUGAGGGACGCGAUGACGCCCGGGUAUAGCACGAUUUUGAUUCAUGACCAUGUGAUUCCGGCGACGGAGGCGCAUCCACAGGCGACGGGCUACGACCAGACAAUGAUGAUCGUUGUGUCGGCGUUUGAGCGCACUGAAGGCAUGUGGCAGGGGUUGUUGGAAUCGGUGGGGUUGCGGGUGGUGAAGAUCUGGAGCUCGCCGCUGGCGAUUCAGAGUGUUAUUGAGGCGGAGUUGAGUCCGAAUAAUUGAGUUUUCGGUUUGAUUGUGGCAUGGAAGAAGGUGGAAUGAUGGUAAAGGGGGUUGGUAAAUGGGAGGAAUGGCCACCUACACAGUACUGUACAGAAUUAGUAAUUCAGUUAGUUGUC